AUGGACAAUAUCAAUGAAUUGGGGAUUUUGGAGGAACCCUCACUUUGUUUCAGUUUCCUUAAUACCUCAUGUUUGAAGACUGAUUAUCCACUUCAAGUCCGGGUUCUGCUAUACAUCCUAUUUAGCACUUCGUCUCUUAUCACUGUGUUUGGAAAUCUCCUUGUGAUCAUAACUGUUGUACAUUUCAGACAAUUACACACUCCAACUAAUUACCUGGUUCUCUCUCUAGCUGUCGCUGAUCUGCUUGUAGGAGGAGUAGUGAUGCCUCCUAGCAUGGUACGCUCCGUGGAAACUUGCUGGUAUUUAGGGAGCAUCUUUUGUAAAAUACACAGCAGUUUGGAUGUUACUGUGUGCACUGCCUCUAUUUUAAACUUGUGUAUUAUUUCUUUAGACAGAUAUUAUGCUGUGUGUCAUCCAUUUCUAUAUCACAGAAAAAUGACUCCCAACACUGUUAGAUUCAUGAUUGUUAUAUGUUGGGGCAUAUCUGCAGCACUCGGGUUUGGUAUGAUAUUUCUGGAACUUAAUAUUUGUGGAAGUGAAGAAUUUUAUUAUAAUACCUUCCUUUGUGAAGGUGCAUGUAUGGUUUUUCAAACUAAAGCGGCAGCUGUAGUGUUUCCUCUUCUAUGCUUUUACAUCCCUGCAGUAAUCAUGCUGUGUGUGUAUGUGAAAAUAUUUUGCACUGCACGAAGACAAGCUCGUGCAAUUCAAUCCACAAAUGCAAAGAUGAGCACAACUGUGGAAAAAGUUGGCAUGAGCAAAUCAGAAAAAAAGGCCACAAAAACAUUAGCCAUAAUCGUGGGAGUUUUUCUGAUGUCAUGGGUGCCAUUUUUUAUUUGUGACGGCUUAGAUCCAUUCACAGGCUAUUCAAUUCCUCAGAUUGUGUUUGAUUUAUUCCUCUGGGUUGGAUAUUUCAACUCAACCUGUAAUCCAAUAGUGUAUGCAUUUUUCUAUAACUGGUUUAGACAAGCUUUUAGAGUCAUUCUUUCUGGAGGAAUAUUUCAAGCAAAUUCAUCACACACCAGAUUGUUUUGA